GACGUCACAGCUUGAAGACCAGACCACUCUGGGGUGCAGUGUUGGAUUUAACAGCAUUGGAAUUCAACAUUGUUCUCUAGCUACAGAUGGGCGGUGGAAAAGUUAUUUGAUUGAUGGUUGCACGAGUGGAACAAGACCCUGCAGUCAGCUUCAUCGGAACAGUGAAAAGGGAGAGGUGAGCAGUGACCAUGAAGGCUAUAUGUCACUCUGUUUCCACCAUGGCUGGCAAGAUGCCUUGGUUGCUCCUUACUCUGUUGGUAUCAUGGACAGUCUUGUGUUCAGCAGACAUAAAGCAGACAAGAUGGCCAUUAUAUUCCCAGAAGCCAGUUCUUCUUGUUUGGAAUGCUCCAACACAGGAUUGUGUCCCACGGCACGGAGUAACUUUGUCUCUGGAGCAGUUUGACAUUGUGGCAUCCCCCAAUGAGGGCUUUGUCCGGCAGAACCUAACAAUCUUCUAUAAGGAGCGCCUUGGGUUGUAUCCCUAUUAUGAACGGGGUGGCACAGCAGUGAACGGAGGUCUUCCUCAGCUUGCCAGCCUUGCUCAGCACUAUGAAAAGAUGCCUGAAGGUGUGCAAAAAUAUAUCCGUGAGCCAGAAGCAAAAGGUUUGGCUGUUAUUGACUGGGAGGAAUGGAGACCAUUGUGGAUCCGAAAUUGGGAUACUAAAGAUAUCUAUCGAAGUAAAUCUCGAGAACUGGUGGCCCAAAAGAACCCAACGUGGACCCCGGAACAAGUGGGAAAAGUAGCCCAGCAGGAGUUUGAGCUAUCAGCACGCAAAUUCAUGCUGGAGACACUAAAACAUGCCAAGAAUCUGAGGCCAAAUCAACUGUGGGGCUUCUACCUAUUUCCAGAUUGUUAUAACCAUGACUACAGGGGUGGCCUGAAGAACUACACAGGACGCUGUCCUGCUGUGGAGAUUGCCCGCAAUGAUCAACUAAACUGGUUGUGGAUGGAAUGUACGGCAUUCUUUCCUUCUAUAUACAUGGGAUCUGUGCUCGGCUCUACACACUACGGGCGUCUCUUUGUCCGAAACAGAGUGAAGGAGGCAAUGCGUCUGGCAUCCGUUGGUGAUGGGUUGGCUCGCCCUGUUUUUGUUUACACCCGCCCUACUUACAUCAAUCAGAUGGCCUUUCUAACUGAGGUGGAUCUGGUCUCCACCAUUGGUGAGAGUGUUGCACUCGGAGCUGCAGGUGUAGUCUUCUGGGGGGACACCUCCUAUGGAAGCAGCAAUGCCAACUGCAAAAGCAUUGAUGGAUAUCUUAAGGGACCGCUGGGUCGGUACCUUCUCAAUGUAUCUACAGCCGCAGAACAGUGCAGUCAGGUGCGGUGUAAAUCCCAUGGCCGCUGUCUACGCAAAAUACCAGACAAUGAUGUGUACCUGCAUCUCAGCCCCUCAACGCACAGCAUCACCAGUCAGGGCGGCCAGCUGAGGGUUUCGGGGGGUCCUGGCCGAGCUGAACUGGAUGUUUUUCGCACACACUUCCAGUGCCAGUGCUACAGUGGGUACAGAGGUGAGAGCUGUGCGGAGAAAGAAAAGGGAAAUAGAGGGUCCUCUGUCUUAGGGACCUGGCCUCUGUGCCUUUUACUCCCACUCGGACUUUUCACUCUGCUACACUGAGGAAACAGAGAAGUGAAACUAUUCAGUGCUUCUGCCAACCCUGAGUAGGGCAGUCCAGAUUUUUCAACAUGAAGGUGGUAAGUUUCUUUGCACUAGUGAUCAUCAAGAACAACAGACACUCGGUUCAUUUCCCAGUAAGUCAGGAGAUUUUUAUUCCAGCCCAAUGACAAGCUGCACUGGCAGAGCUCCAACCUCAGGACCUUCUAUUUUGACUAACAUUAAUCUUUUUAAAGUGCAACUGUUUUUUUUACUGAGAUCAGAUCAUGCCAAAAAUCAUAAUUUCAUGUAUUAGGCCUCUUACAGGUCACAUGCUGACCCUGACCUCCGGAUCAGGAAGUCUUUUAGCUGUCCGCUUUUGAUUUACCAGUAUUUCUGUUGGACCAUUCAAUAUAAAAAAAAACGAGAUGUUAGUAGAAAUUCAUAAAAGAGAGGUACUUUUGACAGUUUGACAGCUUGUGACGAGCACAAUUGACACAAAACAACGACAGGUAUUCUGCACUUGUUUGUUAGCAUAUUAAUGGGCCUUUCUCAAACCUGACCAUCCCCAACUACAUCUGAAGACUAACUCAUGGUUAGCAGUUCCAAGACUGAAAAAGUGGCAAAUGGCAUGUCACACUGUAUGGUAGUGGCAUGCCAUGGCAUAUGCCUGUAGUUCAGUGACAUGUGGCCUGGCCAACUCUGUGCUUCUACAGGGAGCUGGUCCCAUCAGUGUUAUGCCACAAAACAUUUUUAUCUUUAUUUACAACGUAAGUGCUGUAUAUUGAUAUAAAUACAGGAGUGUAUGUGUCUCUUAUCGGUUUGUCAUGUGUUCUGAAAGGUGGUUGGUACCUCUGUCAUGAUGCCAGCCAGAUUUAAUCUAUAGCACCAAAAACAAGAUCCCACAUCAGAGAAACCCUUGCCUUGAGGAAAAAGAUUGAAUAGCUAACCUAUUGCUAUCAACCUGGAGUUGGCCGCCUUUUACUUGUGUAUUUAUGAUUGACUUAGUACAUUUGGUUGCAUGUAAUGUAAUGUGGGAUUGUGUUUCAUCUGCCAUUGACUACUCUUCCUAUCCUGCUGGCCCCCUGACAUACUGCUGAACUACCUGCCACUGAUCUACUGGCAUAAACUGUAACAUGCCAUUGGCUACUUUUUGAUCUGGCUCACUCCUUACAGCUGAAUGAAGCACACCUCUUCAAGGUGUAGAACUCAGAUACAGCGGCAAGCUUCUCACAUGAACUCCCCUCUCUCAUUGGAACUUUAUUUAACCAUGGAUUCAUGUCACACAAAUGAUGUGUAGUCUACAUGAAAAACCAUGACACAGGCUCUUAAAAAUCACUCCACACCAUGCCAAAACACUCUCUAAGUUUUAAGCAGCAUUUUUUUGUAAAAUUGUUAUUGUUAUUCAAUCUGAUGUUUAUGAGCUGCUUAUUUUUUGCUAGUGCCUGUAAGUAGAAAAUGCAUCAAAUUAACACCUGUAGCAUUUUGUAGACAAGCAUAAUGAAUUAGAUUCUGAAUAUAAUGUAUCUAUGACUUUUAUAUUGUACUUUAUUUUUAUGUUUUUUAAAGAUAUAUUUUUGGCCUUUUUGCCUGUAUUUGAUAGAACAGCUGAAGAGAGACAGGAAAUGUGGGGAGUAGAGAGUGGGGGAAGGCAUGAAGAAAAUGGUCAUCCGGCGACCCCUGUGACAAGGACUGUAGCCUCUGUAUGUGGGGCGCUUAGACCGCUAGGCCACCAGCGCCCCUUUAUUAUACUUUAUUGAAAGCCAUUUUAAAACUUUUGGUUUUGCAGGAUUUUCUAUAGCUGAAAAUAAACUGUGUUACACCUGUUUGGUCAGUCUGCAGAUUGACAGACUUGCUAAUGAGGGGAUUAAUAACCUACGCCCACACCACAUUCAGAGGUUUGGCAAACCUGGCACUGUGUGUGGCGCCGCAUCCUCCUUAAGUGUGAGCAAACAGAGUGGGUAUGUGUAGUGGUAGGUUCAAGAAAGGCCCAAGGUGUUACGCGCUCUUGCAGACAUCCUCUUGAAACACAUACAUUGUUUAUUACACCAGAAGGUGGAGACAUAGAUUCUCCAACAGCUCUCCUUAUCUUUUGCUUAUCGAAAACAACAUGGUGGGACCUGCCUGCUUCAGCUAAUAGUUGUGCCUUAACUGGACUACAAAGUGCUUUUUGUAUAAGGUACUAUUGUUUACAGCUUGUGAUUAUUGAGGGUUUCAUCUCAGCCCCCUCCUGGGCACAGUGCUUUUUACUGAUAGUAACUCUAAAUGCCUACCAGUUUGACUGAAUGGUCUGUUAAAGUGUAUAUCAGAAAAUGUAGGUAGAGCUGUAGUGUUAUUUGUUAAUGCUGUCUACAAAUUUGCUUAGACAUAACUGUGAAAAAAAGAUAUGAUUUAAAAAAAGGAAAAUUCAUCAAACAGGUAAUGGUACUUCAAACUUUAGCCAAAUAUGUCAACUGUCAUCAAGUCAGACUAGUGGGUUAAUUGGUACUUGCACUUUAACUGUAUAAACACAAUAUAUGACUGAUCAAGGCCAACUUUAUUAUGUUCUAGAUAUACUUGUAUUUUUGCGUGUUCAUUUGCAAAUGAUUGUCAAAAAUGUAUUUACAGAAACGCCAAAACUCAUUUCUUAUGUCUGCAACAAUUGUAAAUGUUAAGGGAUCAUUUGAGAAUAUUAUGAUGUACAAAAAAAUCUAAUCCCUGGCAGAUAUACCGUUAUCACUUAAACAAAAUCUCACAUAUUAUCAGCAGUAUUAGUUUGUAUGAUCAAGUUAAAUAGUUCUAUAUUUUGACUUGCUUGUACAGCAGUGUGUUUCAGUGUUCUUUCAAAGUUAUUGUGUUCACACUAAGUAGCUGCAACUUUGUGUUAGUUCAUUUACAAUUCAAUCUAUUUCCUAGACUGGUGCUAGCUGAGCAUUUUCAUAUUUAUAAAGUAGGUUUUAUUUAUUCUAUAUGGUCUUGCUCACAGAAGUAUUUUGCUACCUGAAAUCUGUCAAGGUACGAGUAUGCAAAUGUUCAUUUAUGCUGUUAUUUACAAACUUAACAGUGGGAAUUCACAAAGAUACUUCUGCAGUAGAACAUUUUCAUCCAUGUUGUAAACUUUAUUUACUUUUGGCACUUUAUCUACUUUUUUGUUGCGGUGAAUCCAGCUUAAGUUCAUGUUGAAACUUUCCAGAAGUGAAAUAUCUGUGAUCUGUGGCUGGUACAGAAACCUUUAUGGUGUAUUGUCAGAGCAUAUCAGUACGAUGCAGUGUUUUGAUUUACAUUUCAUUUAAUUUUUCAUGUCAGAGACAUUCCACUGUGAAUCUAGUCUAGAGGAAAUGUAUGCCUCUUCCAUAGUUUCCAACUUAGUUGAAUUUUUAGAUAAGUUUGUAUUUUUCAUUAUCUCUAAAUAUGACAUUAUGUUUGAGCAAAGUCUGAUGAACAACAUAUUAAUCAGACAUAGAAACACCUUAACACUUGAAUGACAGAAUGUCACUCAUGAGACAUAUGACGCAUAUUUUACUGUUUCAACAUAUGCAUACAAUGUUCAAAGUAAAUUCAAAAUGGUUUACAUAUUUCAAUGUAAUUGUUUAAACUGUUAAGCAGUGAUUUAUUUGUAUUAGUUAUACAAUAGUGUAAAUAUCAAUGUAAGACUGUAAAAUUAAUCUUACUAUUUAAAGGCAGGUUGGUUCAGAAUCAAUUCUGAUACCUGCUGUUAUGGACCUCCUUAUACAGCAUCAACCUGGGAGGUACAAUUUUCUGAGUCCUAAAACUAUAAAUCUGUUAUUUUUAUCUUGCAAAAUCUCAUAAACAUGCUUUUGUAUCACUCCAUCUUUUUUUCAGAGCAGCCUUAGUGUUUAAAGUGUUUAAAUGCCUUAUUCUGCCUUAAUGUACUGUUAUUGUUUUAAACCAAAAUUGAAAAAGGGUUUUGUAUUUCACAACAUUUUAUAAUCGCCUUACACAGAGGGUAUUUCAUUUUUUGAAUUUGAAUCUUUUUUUUUCUCUUUUUUUUACUGGGGGACAGAGAUUCCACCCAUGAAGGGAAAGUUUCACUCUGUGCAAAAAAUAAAAUUUAUUCAAAAUAAA